CAGCCAAGUGGAUUACCAAUUAAGCAAGCCUACACUUGUCGUCCCACGCGGAUUUUAAAAAGAGUAAUCACAGUCUUUUUCAAUCAUAACCCCCUCCCACCCUCUUUUCUUUUCUUUUCUUUCACAACUUCCCGUCCACCUGCAGACACGGAGGGCUGCGAGCACUCCUGGAGGAAGUUCCACGGCCACUGCUACAGGUACUUCAGCCGCAGACACACCUGGGAGGACGCGGAGAAGGACUGCAGGGAGCACAGCGGCCACCUCGCCAGCGUCCACAGCGCAGCCGAGCAGAACUUCAUCAGAGGCCUGAGUCAUGACAACACGUGGAUCGGGCUGAACGACCGCACCGUCGAGGACGACUUCCAGUGGACAGACAAGAUGGAUCUGCAAUUUGAGCACUGGCGGGAAAACCAGCCGGACAACUUUUUCGCUGGAGGAGAGGACUGCGUGGUAAUGAUCGCUCACGAAAACGGCAAAUGGAACGAUGUGCCCUGCAACUACAACCUGCCCUAUGUCUGCAAGAAGGGAACAGUCCUUUGUGGGGCUCCCCCCACUGUGGAUAAUGCCUUCCUGAUUGGCCGGAAGCGCUCGCACUAUGACAUCCACUCCGUGGUGCGUUACCAGUGCGCCGACGGCUUCCUGCAGAGGCACACGCCCACCGCUAAGUGCCGCGCCAACGGGAAGUGGGACCGACCUAAAAUCGUCUGCAUAAGAUCCCGGAGAGCCCACCGCUACCGGCGCCACCACCACAAGGGCCGGAGGGAGCGCCGGAAGCACAAGCGGCACGGCCACCGGGAGGGGGGCCACCGCGGGGGGGGGCCGGGCCAGGGCCACGCCCACCGCUUC